AUGGAGAAGAAGUUAGAACGAGGGAUUCCAGUCAUCAAGGAAUUCCUAGAGGUAUUAGACAAUGAUCUUCCUGGAUUGCCUCUAAUCCAGGUGAUUGAGUGCACACUUGAUCUGGAACUAGUAUUAGCUCUAGAGCACAAGGCACAAUAUAGAAUGACUCCAUCGGAGUUAAAAGAAUUAAAGGUGCAAGCUCAAGAACUUCUGGAUAAGGGGUUAGACAAAGAUUUAGAAGACCAUAUGAAUCACCUACAACUAGUAUUGGGGAAACUGCGAGAACACCUGUUGUACGCAAGGCUCAGUAAAUGUAAGUUCUUUUUGGAGGAAGUAAAGUUAUUGGGGCAUGUGAUCUCCAAGGAUGGAGUUGCAGUGGACCCCAUAAAGGUCGAAGCAGUGGUAGAUUGA